UCGUGGAGUAAUUUGCCGUAAAAUUUAGUAAAUUUUUGUAAAAUCUGCACCUCUCCGCACCAAAAUGGACAUCCGGCCGAGUCACACCAUCUACAUCAACAACCUGAACGAGAAAAUCAAGAAGGAAGAGCUGAAGAAGUCUCUGUAUGCGAUCUUCUCGCAGUUCGGACAAAUCUUGGACAUAGUGGCGCUGAAGACGCUGAAAAUGCGAGGGCAAGCGUUUAUCAUCUUUAAGGAAAUUGGCAGUGCCACCAACGCCAUGCGAACCAUGCAGGGAUUCCCGUUCUACGACAAACCGAUGCGCAUCAACUAUUCCAAAACCGACAGCGACGUGAUAGCCAAGAUGAAGGGCACCUUCAAGGAACGUCCGAAGAAGGCCAAAGUACCCAAGCCGGUUCAGCAGGAGGACAAAAAGUCCAAGAAGCAGAAGAAUGCCGAUGCCGGUACGACGGCAAGCAAUUCUGCCACUGCGGAACAGCCACCGAAUCAAAUCCUCUUCUUGACCAACCUGCCGGAGGAGACCAACGAGAUGAUGCUGUCCAUGUUGUUCAACCAGUUCCCGGGCUUCAAGGAAGUGCGUCUGGUUCCCAACCGACACGAUAUUGCUUUCGUGGAAUUUGCCACGGAACUGCAGAGCGGUGCCGCUCGGGAGGCGCUGCAAGGCUUCAAGAUUACUCCGACGCAUGCGAUGAAGAUAUCGUUUGCCAAGAAGUAGACGGCGUUAGGUUUAGGAUUCAAUUAUUGUUUUAAUUUUACGGAUCUGCUGAGGAUUGGUAUGUAUGCUAAUGGAUUCAAUAAACCAUGCAAAAAGCAUUGCACUCCGCUUUCAUGGUUUUGGGUGCGGUUGGGCGAUGACUUCUUUUUGUGAAGCAAA